GCCCUUGCGGUUCCAGGCUGGCUCUUGCGCACAGAAUCGCGGCCACUAGAGCUCGCGUUGGAGUGAAUGAAGAUCCGCCUGCGCACGAUCGUUUCUGGGCUCCUUUUCUCAGUCGAACGGAUCGAGUCCCGAACGGACCCGCUGCCGGAGCGCAGCGCUGGAGUGGGAGGACACCGACACUAACGCUGAAAUAUGAGAGAACAGAACCGGGGCGCGUGAAGGCGCAUGGGAGAGGACUUGCCAUGAACUCCUGGCUGUAAAAGGAGAAGAAGAAGAAAAAAAGAGAGCUGGAUUUGCUUAAGGGAUGAUUACUCCAACUCUGGUUCCGGGGGAAGCUGUGCACACCUACCAGUCCCCGCCUGAAUGGAGUGAUAGACCGAGGGGGUUCUAGAUCCAGACCUUCCCUCCAGACUGAGCAGAGCCAGUUUCAUUCAUGCAGGAGCCUGGAGAUCCAGGAGUGAGUCAAGCCAACAUGCUGCGACUGAGUCCAUCAGCUUUACGUUUGCUGUGGAUCCUGUUCAUCUGCAACGUUUUCCCGCUUGAUGCAGAAGAAAAGCAGGGUUACCUGGUUGCCGCACCCUCUGUUUUUCGAGCAGGCGUUGAGGAGAGCGUGAGCGUGACCCUUUUUAACCCCAAAGCGGAAACACGGGUUCAGGCGCAGCUGUCAGUGAAGGGGCAGACGGUGGCCCACAGCCACAGCUUCGUGUUCGAUAAAGGAACCAUUAAAUUGAAGGUUCCCUCUGGGUUGAGAGGCCAAGCUCAUUUGAAAGUGUGGGGGAACCGCCAUCUGACAGAGGGAGGUUACAUUUUCCACAACUUCACCACCGUCACCGUGGAGAGCAAGGGCACGGCAGUCUUCAUCCAGACCGACAAGCCAAUCUACAAGCCCAAACACAAAGUGCUCAUCAAUGUCUACACUGUCACACCAGACUUGAGGCCAGGGAACGAAAAGAUUGAGGCGUAUGUUUUGGAUCCAAGAGGAUCGAGGAUGAUCCAGUGGAAGAACCUUAAACCUGUCUGCUGCGGACUUGUGAACAUGAGUUUCCCUCUGUCGGACCAGCCUGUUUUUGGGGAGUGGUUGGUGUUUGUAGAGGUGCAUGGCCACACUUACAACAAGUCCUUCCAAGUGCAGAAAUACGUGAUGCCAAAGUUCGAGUUGGUCGUCGACCCACCCCGGUACAUCCGUGAUCUAAACCUCUGCGAGCUGGCCAGCGUCACAGCUAAGUAUACCUUUGGGAAGCCAGUGACAGGUAAGCUGACCGUGAACAUGACGGUGAAUGGCGUCGGCUACUACCGCCAUGAGAUGGGGCAUCCUGUCAUCAAAGCUAUGGAGAUCAGAGGCUCUGCGAAUUUCAGCCUGUGUGUCAAAGAGAUGAUGCCGGUGGAUGUGGCUGACCACUUCAGGGGGACGGUUAGCAUCUGGGCGUCUGUGACCAGCGUGGACGGAAGCAGGCAAACCACGUUUGAUGAUUCAACACCUGUUCACAAGCAGCUCAUCGACAUCAAGUACUCCAAGGAGACACGGAAACAGUUCAAACCCGGGCUUCCCUAUAAAGGAAAGGUUGAUGUCACUUAUCCGGAUGGGAGCCCAGCUGAUGGGGUGAAGGUGCGCAUCAAAGCAGAGCUCAGUCCAAGAGACGACAUCUACACCAGUGAACUGGUGUCCAAAGAUGGCCAAGUCAGCUUUGAGAUUCCCUCCAUCCCCACAGCUGCCCAGUAUGUCUGGCUUGAGACCAAGGUGACAUCCAUAGAUGACAGAACGGUGGGAGACCAAUAUUUACCAAAUUACCUUUCCAUAACUAGUUGGUAUUCUCCAAGUAUGUGUCACAUCCAGAUCCAAAGCCCCAGCAAACUUCUAAAGGUUGGCCAAGAGGCUGAAGUGGCCCUGAAAUCCACUUGUCCCUGUAAUUUCACUUUGCACUAUGAAGUGGCGUCCCGGGGUAACAUCGUCCUGUCUGGGAAACAACAAGCAAACGCGACGGCUACACGCAGAGAAAAACGGGCCACGGUCACCUUUGAUAAGAACACUCACGCCACUCAAAGCCCGCCAUCUUCAUCAGAUCCUGCAGGUUCAUCCUCACAGGACGAAAUGGACAUCUGCGUGUCUUAUCUGCGUUUCCCUGUCAGUAACUCCAUGGCGCCCACCAGCCGUCUGCUGGUCUACUAUGUGAGGGAAAAUGGCGAAGGUGUCACAGACAGUCAACAGCUUUCCGUCCAGCCAGAGUUUGAGAACCAGGUGUCCGUUUCCCUUUCCAAUAACGAGUCCGUGCCGGGGGACCCGGUGACUCUGCGUGUUCGGGGCGACAGGGGCUCCUGCGUUUGUGUCUUAACUGUUGACAAGAGUCUCUACCUGUUAAAGCCUGACUUUCCACUGACUCCUGACAAGGUCUUCAGAGAGUUGGCAGAGUUUGACGUCUCCGACGUGUUUGGCGGCCCUAAAGACGACGCCCACUUCUGGUGGCCGGGUCUGUCAUCCAGGAGGCGCAGGCGCUCCUCCGUGUUUCCGUGGCACUGGGACUUCACUAAGGAUGCACGCUUCGCUUUCACUGAAACGGGGCUGGUGGUGAUGACAGAUAUGGUGAGCCUGAACCACCGGCAGAGUGGAGGAAUGUACACAGAUGAGGCUGUACCUGCCUUUCAGCCGCACACCUCCACCUCCGUGGCUGCCGUCAACCCCCGCCCCUCAAACAGAGCAGAGAGACAAAGGCGCACGUUCUUCCCGGAGACGUGGGUGUGGCACUGCCUCAAUGUCAGCUCGGAGACGGGAGAGGCUGAGCUGCAGUUGGACGUGCCCGACUCCAUCACCACAUGGGUGACGGAAGCUGUCGGCCUUUCUGAAAAGAAGGGUCUGGGUGUAGCAGAGAGGGUGGAGCUUCGCACCUUCAAACCCUUCUUUGUUGACUUCACGCUGCCCUACAGCUUAAUCAGAGGCGAGCAGACCAAAGUUCCCCUCACCGUCUACAACUACAUGCCCACCUGCGCUGAGGUUCAUGUGAAAGUGUCCGUUCCAAAGGGCGUCAAGUUUAUUGGUCAUCCUGGAAAGCACCACAUUGCUAGAAAGAAGUGUGUUAGUUCUGGAGAAGCGACUCCCACAUCCAUCGUUUUGUCUUUUGCUGAACUGGGAUCUGUUGACAUCACAGCCCGAGCCAUCGCCUACAGUUCUCCAAGUUGCUGUUCAGAUGGAUUCCUUAUUGGCAAAGUAGGAAAUGAUAUGGAGGAAAGAAGGAUUCCAACCGGUUUGGACUAUGUUCGCAGGACUGUCUUGGUGGAGCCAGAAGGCCUGCCAAGAGAAUACACUUACAGUGUCUUCUUCUGCCCCAAUGAGAGAAUUCACAUUUCCACCCCUAACAAAUAUGAAUAUCAGUAUGUCAAAAAACCAACCAAGAUGUACCAGUUCCCGGUGGCAGUGAAGACCCACAACAAUGCCCACUUUGCCCUCUCUGCCAGUCCCCAUGACAGUGCAGAGAUGCUUGAGAUUGUACUCGGUGGUAGACAGAACACUCGCUCCUGGAUUUCUCUGGGCAAGAUGGGUGAGCCAUUGGCCUCCGCCCACACACCGGGUAUCCUGUCCUGGGAUGAGUUCCGCAGUUUCUGGAUAAGCUGGAAGGAUGGUCUAGUUCAGGUGGGGCAUGGUAUACAUCCUUCCAAUGAAUCUAUCAUUCUCCAGUGGUCAGGCCAAUUCCAAGGACAGGUGCAACAUAUUGGGUUUUCAACAGGGUGGGGUUCAGUUGGGGAGUUCAAGAUCUGGAGGAAGGAGGAUUCUGAUGACAAUCACAAUGAGGCCUUUACACUGGGGGUUCCACACAACCUGGUGCCUGGAUCAGAAAGAGCCACUGCAUCCAUGAUUGGAGAUGUCAUGGGUCCUACUUUAAAUAACCUGGACAAUCUGCUUAGGCUGCCCUUUGGGUGUGGUGAGCAAAACAUGAUCCACUUUGCCCCAAAUGUCUUUGUUCUGAAGUACUUGCAGAAGACCAGGCAGCUCAGCCAGGAGGUUGAAAAUGAAGCAACUGACUAUUUGCUUCAAGGCUACCAGAGACAACUCACCUACAAGCGGCAGGAUGGAUCCUACAGCGCCUUUGGCGAAAGGGAUUCCUCUGGGAGUAUGUGGCUCACAGCUUUUGUGUUGAAGUCCUUUUCUCAGUCACGAGCUUUCAUCUUUAUUGACUCUGAAGAGCUUCAUGCAGCAAAGUCCUGGCUCAUCAAACAUCAGCAGGAUGACGGGUCCUUCCCUGCUAUGGGACGCAUCCUCAACAAAGACCUUCAGGGAGGGAUCCAUGGGAAGAUUUCACUUACGGCGUAUGUGGUAGCAGCUCUGCUGGAGACUGGGAUCACCACAGAGGAAGAAAAGGUGGCGGUUUCCAAAGCCAAGGAUUUCUUGGAGAGCAGUUUGCAUUCUGUUGAUGACCCAUACACCACCGCUCUGUCUGCUUACACCUUGGCUCUGUUACGCAGCCCUUACGCUCCUCUGGCUUUGCGCCGCCUCAACCACAUGGCCAUCACACAAGAUGGACUUACCCACUGGAGUAUGACGGGCAGCAGUGUGACAGAUGAAGAUACCUUCAUGGGCUUCAGUGACGGUCUCUCUCAGUCAGUGGUGUCAGCAGAGGUGGAGAUGACGGCUUAUGGUCUUUUGACCUACACUCUCCUGGGGGAUGUGGGCUCCGCACUGCCUGUGGUCAAAUGGCUCUCCCAACAAAGGAAUGCCUUAGGUGGCUUCUCUUCCACACAAGACACGUGUGUGGCUCUGCAGGCCUUGUCAGAGUACGCCAUCUUGUCUUAUGUAGGAGGGGUGAACCUCACCAUCUCUCUGGCUUCCACCAACCUUGACUUCCAGGAGACCUUUGAACUAAACAAAGACAACAAGAAGCUGCUCCAGAGCGCCAAGAUCCCGAGUAUCCCCACAGGCCUUUUUGUCAGUGCUAAAGGAGAAGGCUGCUGCCUCAUGCAGAUUGAUGUCUCUUAUAAUGUUCCUGAUCCGGUGUCCAAACCAGCUUUCCACCUCAAAGUGGAUCUGAAAGAGCCUUUUCAGGAACGACCCGUCAAGCCUCUGUCCACCUCCUCUCAUCACACCGCCUCUCGCUCCCGGAGCCGAGCAGACAACCGCUCUGAGCUUCACCGGAAACGGCGGGCGCCCAUUGAGGAUGACGAUCCUUCGGCCCACAAGGACAAAAUGGACUUUCGCAUCUCCUUAGAAGUUUGUGCCAGAUGGCUCCAUUCCGGCUCAUCAAAUAUGGCCGUCGUAGAGGUUCCAAUGAUUUCGGGUUUCCGAGCAGACGUAGAAAGUCUAGAGCGGAUACUGAUGGACAAGAGGGUGGGACUGAAGAGGUACGAGCUGGACGGGAGAAAAGUGCUGCUCUAUUUUGAUGAGAUUCCCAGUCAAUGUAUGACAUGUGUGGCCUUCCAAGCUGUCCGGGAAUUCAUUGUGGGCAAAACGGCACCUGUUCCAGUCAAGAUCUAUGACUACUAUGAACCAGCGUUUGAGGCCACCAGGUUCUACAACGUCAGUGAGAGCAGCCCACUUGCACGUGAACUGUGUGAUGGACCCACCUGCAACGAAGUGGAGAGUUCAACCAAUCAGUGGAUAGGCUUCGUGCAAUCACACCAGUGCAACAACGUGUUCGGCUGCCCGGAGGAAGAGCAGUUUGAGCGCUGCACGUGUCACAGAGACUGUGGCUACGACGGCGAGCCGGUGUGUGGGUCAGAUGGACAGCUCUACCAAAACCCGUGUCAAAUGGAGGUUUUUGCCUGUCGAAACGGGACACGCAUCAGAGAGGUUUCUUUGUCCCAGUGCUCUCCCGUGGAAACGACUGGAGACAGCCACUCGGCAGCAAACCAGGACACCGAGCAACCAUCCGUUCCAGUGAACAUGGGUGAGGAGGAGCAGGGCUCCGUGGCAGAGGCCUCCUACUAUUCCUACGAGUACGACUCCGAUUCUGAGCCUUUCCUGGCUGAUGCUGAAGGAGGGGACCGCAUUGACCUGGAGCCUAAAAUGUUCCUACCAGCAGACGCCCAGCCUCCCACGUUGGACACAAAAAGCUCUCCUGAACGAUGAGACGCCCCAUGCUAAAGCUCCGCCUCUCCUCCAAAUUGUAUCAUACAUGUGAAUAAGCUUGUGAAUGAAAGAGAAGUGCGACUGAGGACUCGCCUGGAGGAAGAGUUUGCUCUUGGAGAAUGAUUGUGUUUCUGUAGUUCGGAUGCUUUAAUGUUUGCUCUUGUGUGCAGAGGGUUGAUUGUGAAAUGUUGUCAAAAACAUAAAGAUAGAAACCUCUAGAUUUGUACUUAUCAUCAUCAACAAUCCUAGUCACCAAUAAGCACCGUAGCAUUUUUGUUUUAUUCACUGUCUGCCUUUUAUCUUCUCUAGAAGAAAUAAUCGAGUAUUUAUGUUUGUAAUUACACCUGAUGUUAAGCAAACAUGUUGUUAUAUUUUCUAUCUGUGGUAUUUAUUUGUAUCUACAGGUCAUUUUUUUUAUUUUGUUGUGGUGUUUUUGAGUCGUCCCUCUGCCGUUCAGUCCACCAAUUUCCCCUGCGGUCGAUUCGAUGGCAAGCUUUAACCCAAUUCCUGAAAGUUUGAGGAAAUUCUUGUGACGGUUUGAUGCAGGAAAACAAAACACAGAUGCUCACCAGAUGCUUUACAGGAACAUGCGCUGAUGUGCUUUUCAUUUUCAAGAUUUUUGGAAUUUUUCUGUCGGUUUAUCAUCGCAGGAGAGAGAAGAAAAACAACUCUGGAGAGGAUAGAAGACCAACACGCAACAAAGUCCACUGAAACGGAGGACUUUGCAUUUACUGGAAAGGUCGUUUUGGAUUACAAAAGCUGCCUUUGGAGCUUUCAGGACAGGAACGUCGUCUGUUCUCUUCAUGCAUCUACCUUGUGGUUUGAUUGUACAGUUCAUAAGCUAUUUUAUUUUUGUUCAGUUUUGAUCAUGUCAUACAGAGUCGAAGUGUUUUAAAUUCUGUAAAUGUACCAAAUUAAAACACAUACAAACCCAGA